CUUUGAUUGAUAUUCCAACUGAAUACAAUUCCUUGGGCAAUACAUCUCAACACAAUGUCAGCAUCCAUAUUUUGCGCUAGAAAAUCCGCUCUUUCCACUACCUGGAAUCACCUUUCCAAAGGAGGGCUUUCUCCCAUCCGCGUCGUUGGGUAUCGGACCAUGGCUACGGCUACCGGAAAACCAAAGGAAUUUCUAUGUAUUCUUCCUGAUAAGCCUAAUGCUCUUGAUAUUAGGAAGAAAGUCAAACCUAUCCAUUACGAAGGAAUGAAGCCUCUUGUUGAAACGGGAAGAUUGGUUGCUGGUGGCGCCAUGCUUGAAAAGCAUCCCGCAGAAGGCGAAGAUGCGCCGUUCAAAGGUAGCAUGAUUGUCUACACAGGAGAAAGUGUUGAGGAUGUCCGUGAGGCAAUCAACGGCGACAUUUACGCUAAGAGUGGUGUCUGGGAUCUGGAGAAAGUCCAGAUAAUCCCUUAUGUUUCAGCAGUGCGCAAGCCUAUGCCUUGAACUUGAUGCUACCUGUACAUAGUCUAAAGCUAUACGGCAGCAAUUAAGCCAACCUGAACAUCUACUUUAGCUGGGAGAUUCGAGACUACGAAUUCUGGCAUGAUGCUCGCGUCUUGCUUGUUAGCUGCAGAUCCCUUAUGCAUUAAAGAUAACAUACUCACAAUGACCUUGACAAUCCUGAAGA